GUUUUACAAAACAGAGAGACAACAAGUGACGAGCAAGCCAUGGCUUCUUCGACUCUCUUCAAACUCAAUUCACAGACUUUCAAAGCUCUAAACCCAUCUCCACCUUCGUUAACUCCUCCUAACUCCAGAAUUUUCCAUCUUCAUUUCCCCAAAUCACUCUCACAACAACAUUCAAAGCUCAACCACAAAUCAACAACUACUCGUUUCUUCGUUCCUCUCUGUUUCUCUCUUCCUUCACCUUCUUCUCCUCCAACUUCCAAAGAAGAAGCCAUUCUUCAAGCCAAGACUUGUCUCCUUUCUUGUCUCAUCAAACCCUUAAACAACCCAAAACUCGCUUCCCCAAAACUCAGGAAGCUCAAACAACCAAGAUUCCGUCUUGAAAUCCCAAUCCUUGACGACGAUUCUCCUUCGUCUCUCUCUCAGCUCGCUUUUUCGAUCUUCCAUGACUUACCCAUCUCGAGAAGAGGCUCUAAUGUCAAGCUUCUCUUCCUCUGGCCUAACCCUUCAUUCAUCGAUUCCGCCGUUAAAGCUUUCCGGUCAGACUCUGUUAACCACAUUGCCAUGUCUCCUGUUUCAGACUCUGUUAACAAAGCUCUGAGAUCUGCUGACGUGGCGGUGUUCAUGGCUCCGGAGAAAUCACAGCUGGAGGAUGUGAAGACGGCGAGUGAAGCUUUUUCCUCGAAACCUGUGGUGAUGAUCAAUCCGAGAUGGUUGUUUGAGGAAGAGAAAGGAUUUGGUGAUGGCUUUAUUGGUUCCUUUGAAGUGAUUUAUGCGUUCACAGGUUUAGAAGUGAGAGGAGUGUUGAGUAAGAGAAAAGGAGUGAUUUUUAAGUGUGUGAGAGAUGGUGUUGUGAGUGGAGAGAGAUGGAAUGUUCUUGUUGAAGAAGAAGAAGGUAAUGGAACUUUGAAAGUGGUUUCACAAUUUAAUGCUAGGCCAUCAAUGGAAGAAGUUGAGCUUGUUCUGUAUAACUUGAUGGCUAUGAAUUCUCCUAUCACCAAAUCAGCUAAGUUUCUGAAAGAUUUGGUUUCAAACAUCACUGGGAAGAAGUAAUUUGUUAGGUGUACAAUGUGUGUUACUAUGUCUUGUUUAGUUUUUACUUUCAUUGGAAUUAAGAGAGAUUCUUGAUGGAAUGUUUUCGAUAAAGAAAUCAAACUCGUUGAACCUAAUCAUCAAUUAAGAUUCUUUCACAAUGUUUCCAUCUAAAAUCCCUCAAUUGAAUCUGAACUCUUUGUAGAAGAGUAUAAAUUGCAAAUCCCAUC